AUGACAAUAAUUACUCAAUCAAAUCCUUCAUUAGUUACAUAUAGACAUCUUCAUGAACUGUAUUCAGAUUCACUUAAAUGUCCUUGUAAGAAGAUAUCAAUAUCUUAUGAUAUAUUUAUUACAUUAUCUCCAACUUUACAUCAAAUAUGUUCAAGUGGUUUUAUCAGCGAAUCUUGGAUUUCAACGGUGACUUUAUUUAAUAAUCAACCUAUCACCAAUGCGAAACUUAUUGUUGGUUUGAAUGCUUUUGAUAGUCGAUAUUUUAAACUAUUAUCUAGUAUUUGUCAAUUGGCUAAUAGAACAAUUGAUGAUGCUGUUCAACAGUUUCUAACAAAAUCAUUUGUUACUCAAUAUGUUAUCAGUGAAUCAGAAUUUAAUGCUAAGUUAAAUACAACUUUUAAACAAUUUAAGCAAUCAUUAAUUACUGAAUUUAAUCUUCUUACUGAUAUGGUACAUCUUUUUACAAGUGUAGAUCAACCUUAUACAAAUUCGAAAAAUGCAGAACUUCUUCCUAUAACACCGUCAGAUGAAACAAAUAAUCAAUCUCCACCAGAGCUAAAGUUUAGUUUCACUGGUCCGAUAGAUAUAAACUCUACAUCCAUCGAUUGUAUUUGUGCUACUAAUCCUCGUUGUCAAAGUUCAGUUGUUUUAUAUAAGUGGGCCUUACUACCGAACGGUGAUCAAGAUUUAACUACACCUUAUUUAGUGCCAGGUUUUAUUGCAGGAUGUUUUAUGCUGGAUUCUCUUCAACUCUCAACUCUAGAAUGCUUUUAUGACGACACGUGUUUAUCAAUCUAUUAUUAUUAUAUCAUUUGGAUACGCUUACUAUAUGUUAUAUAUGAUUGGUCUGCGGCUCAUCCUUUAGUUUAUGACAAUACAUCAAGUCGUUUUCCUCCUGAAACAUCUCUUUCAGUGAUAGUUAGAGAAAUGAUGGUUGAACAGUGGAAUUUUUCAUGUUCAUUCGAACAACAUUAUGAAGCUUGUUCACCAAAUUAUUGUACUUAUAGUUAUAAAACACAUACUUAUGGUCUUCUAGGAAUAAUAAUACAAAUGAUAUCUAUGUUAGGUGGUCUUACUGUUGCUUUGCGUCUGAUAACACCUCAAAUUGUGAGAAUUAUAUUGCGAUUGAUAUCACCACAGGUUAAUACAGAACCAGAAGUUCCUAUGAAGAUCCACGAUCGGAUCAAAAUAUUAAUACGAAAAGUGGCCAUACUUAUGUAUACAACUCUUGUUAAUUUGAAUACUUUUCCUAUAAGAGUUUUUGGAAGUAAUACGCACCGCGCAAUAGCAGUGAAACUUGGUAAAAUAACUACUCGUUUCUAUAUAAUACUUUUAAUUAUUGGUUUGAACAUUUUCAUUCUCUACAAUAUUGUCAAUCCUCAAACUCUAACCAAAACAUUUAUGAAACCAUCUCUCACUACUUACAAAAGUCUCGUGAUUAAACAUGGAAAUACACUUCAAUGUCCUUGUUCAUCGAUUACUUCAGUUUACGAUGCUUUUAUCAACAUUGAGCCAAUAUUUCAUCCGAUAUGUUUGAGUCCAUUUGCAUCAGAUGAAUGGCGAAUAAAUGUGACAAAAGAUCUUGUUCCUGAUUUAUCUAUCUAUACUACUGCAGAUUAUCGUCGUUUUCUAUCAUCACAUUUACAGUUUCUUACUGGAUUAUGUCAACUUUCUAUUCAAUCAGUAAAUAGUUCUAUUAAUCAGCUUCUGUCUUCAUUUUUUGUCACUGUUCAACUUGUUCCAUCAAUAACUUUUGAUCAAAUAAUUUAUUCACUUAUUAAUCAAAGUAAAAUUAAUGCUCCUUUAAUGUUCUCUCGUUUUCUUUUCUUGCUUCGAACGACAAACCAUGGUAAUGCGAUUGUUUCAGCUUAUGAAACAAAUUUUAAAUACGUUGCUGCUCCUUGGUAUGAUUCAUAUAGUGAUCAAAUAGCAAUCACUCAAGCAAUAACUUACGACAAUGGAUGUUCAUGUGCACUGUAUUCAAACUGUACCACUCAAGCUGGUUUUGUUCAAGGAAAUUCAUCUGAAAUAUUUCAAAUCACAGGUUUGAAAAUGGGAUGUACAUCAAGUGAAUCAUUUUUAUCUUCGACUCUUGAAUGUUUCUAUGAUUUAUCGUGUAUUAAUCUAAUUCAAUAUUAUACGUCCAUUUUCGAUGAGCAUGAUAUCGCAAAUGCUUCUGAACCACUUUCUAUUGCUGAUAGUCGAUUUUUAAUGAAUACAACAGUAAUGGAUUUAAUCAAUGAUUUAUUCGUCGACCAGUGGUCAACAACAAUCAAUUAUUCAGCCUACUUUGAUCAAUGUUUACCAACAUUUUGCUCCUAUACUUAUGUUCAACAGUUUAAUUCACUUUACACAGUCACUGUUUCACUUGGAUUUUCUGGUGGCUUAUCAUUCAUCUUAAAAUGGAUCUGUCCAAAAAUAAUUUAUUACUUAUUCAAACUAAAUCAGUUUCGUAAAAAGAGAACAAAUACUAUCCAAUCUACAAACGUUCUAGAAAUGAAUACUACUGAAAAUGUUAAUAUAACAGUAAUAUCUAAAGAUACUCAAGUUACUGAUGUUAAUUCAAAAACAAUGAUUGCAAUAUCACCACCUUCGGUAUUUUCAAUGUCAAAAUUAUUAUGUUUUAUCAUAGUAGGAAUUCUAAUCACGAUAAUGAUUGUCAUAAUCAUCAUUCCAUUUGUUUAUCUUAAUCAACACAAGAAAAAUGAAGCAAUACAGACAAUUUUAUCAACAACUUUGAAAAAUACAACAAUCAAUACUGAUGUUUCUAUAACAUCAAUUUCUACUUCAACAAUAUCAACUUCACAAUUAAUGUUUGAAAUGAUAAAAAUCAAUACACUCGACACAAAUUGUUAUUCUGACUUACGUUCUAGUUUCGUUGCUGUCGGUGAUUUUAAUAGUGAUAAUUGUGCAGAUAUCGUGCACUAUACAUGUGAUCGUGAGAAUAUAAAUGUUGUGCUAAACUAUAAUGAUGGAUCUUUUCAAGUAUCAUAUAUAUUUUCAUUUGACGAUGGAAAUCAUCCAUAUAUGAUUAUUGUUGACGAUUUUGAUGGUGAUGGUCGUUUAGAUUUCGCCUUCACCAAUAAUGGAUUAUACAAAAUAGGUAUUCUACUUGGUGAUGGAACUGGAAAUUUUGGAGAAUUGAAAACAUUUUUAAAUGAAAAUCCUGGUCAAUCAUUUUCAUUUAUUUCGAAUGAUUUUAAUAAUGAUGGUCAUGUAGAUAUUGUUACUACAUAUUAUUCCGAUGAUCAAAUUGUUUUAUUAGUAGGUGUUGGUGAUGGAACAUUUGUCAUUGAAACAUCAUUUUACAAUAAUUUCUGUAGUCGUCCAACUUCAUUUGCUACUGGUGAUUUUAAUAAUGAUAAUCAAAUGGAUCUUGCAGUGACUUCUUCAGCAAAUUAUCUUUGUAUUUUACUAAAUACUGGAAAUGAACAGUUUGAUUUAUCAAUGAUGGUUCCAACUGAAACUUUUAACUUUGCAUGGUCAAUUAUUACAGCAGAUUUUAACAAUGAUAAUCACUUAGAUAUUAGUAUGGUCAAUUAUUUGAACAAUAAUAUAGCUGUUAUGUUUGGAAAUAAUGAUGGGACUUUUGGAACACAAAUGCUAUAUAAAACUGGAAUAUUAGGUUCUUCACGUUAUCUUAUUACAGGUGAUUUUGAUAAUGAUGGUCAAUUAGAUCUUGUUAUUAAUAAUUAUGUCGGUAGUAGUAUUAAUAUAUUAUUCGGUAGUCAAAACGGAACUUUUGUCAGUCAAAUAACAUUUACCGUUGGUGGUGCACCACUUUCAAUCGCUAAAGGUGAUUUUAAUAACGAUAACAAAUUGGAUCUUGUUGUUACUUUUCAGAGACAAGCAUUUUUGAUUAUUCUUUUGAACAAUUGCAAUUUUGGUAGAAGAGAAUUUGUAAUGGAAGAAAAAACUCAUUUGCCUAUCGAAUGA